UUGAAUUCACACAAAGAUGCAAGUGCAAGAUACAACAGAACACGAAUGCAAAGACAUCACACACGUGCAAUGACGUACAUAUGGAAUGAAAAAGUAAUAAACUAAAAUACACGCGUUAUGUUAAGUAUAAUUCGGCAAACAACAAAUCUCCUUCGUCGCGAAAUCACAGGGGGAUACAAAUUCAGGAGCAUUGUAAGAGGGGCUUGGACGGAGGUGAAAAUGACAGAUCAGUUAACAGCGAGGAGCAAUCCUGUCAUCAUGAGGCUGGACUCUCCGGAAUUUCGCUCGGUCUUCACCCCGGAAUUAGAGAGCUUGGCGAGUUUAUUCCACAGAUAUAACUAUGAGCUGAGAAUCGCCGGCGGUGCCGUGCGCGACAUCCUCAUGGGCAAGCAGCCCAAGGAUCUUGACUUCGCAACUGAUGCCACUCCGCUGCAAAUGAAGGAGAUGUUCGCGAAGGAGGAGGUCAGGACGAUUAACGAGAAGGGGGAGAAGCACGGGACGAUAACCGCGAGGAUAAACGACAAGGAGAACUUCGAGAUCACCACCUUGCGAAUUGACGUUCUGACAAAUGGACGUCAUGCCCAGGUGGAGUUCACCAAGGAUUGGAAGCUGGACGCGAACAGGCGAGAUCUGACCAUCAACUCCAUGUAUCUCGAUCUCGAUGGCAAAUUGUAUGAUUAUUUCUAUGGCUAUGAGGACCUGCAAAGGAAACGAGUGGUCUUUGUGGGUGACGCUGGCCUCAGGAUACGUGAGGAUUAUCUUAGGAUUCUUAGGUACUUUCGUUUCUACGGAAGAAUAAUGGACAAUCCUGACCAGCACGACGAGGCCACAAUAAAAGCAAUAAAGGAGAACGUUGACGGUCUGUCACUAAUAUCCGGCGAGAGAAUCUGGAGCGAAUGGAGCAAAAUCCUGACGGGAAAUUUCGGCCUGGAGCUGACUUUGAAGCUGCUGGAGUGCGGCAGCGGCAAAUACAUCGGUCUUCCCCAGGAACUCGUCGUGGAAAAUUUUCGAAUCGUUUAUCAGCGCGCUCGGUCCAAUGACGUGACCUUGAAACCCGUAUCCUUGAUCGUGUCGAUGCUGAAGAACGAGAACGAGGUGAUGACGCUGCACGGGAGACUAAAGCUGUCCAACUCCGACAGAGACCUGGCGUUAUUCCUGGUGCAGCACCGGGAAUACAUGCCCUGCGAGACCCCGUUGAAGCCUUAUCAGAGACUGAUCUUCGUCCAGCCGGCCAGCAAGCACGAGCUCUAUCGAGAAUUCGUGAAGGAGGUGCUGAGGUACCGCGGCGCGACGGACCUCCUGGACGAGCUCGAGCGAUGGAAGAUCCCGAGGUUUCCCAUCAAUGGGAACGCGAUGAGGGAACGAGUGGCCAACCAGAAGCUCAUCGGCGAGGUUUUUAUUCACUUGAAGAAUAUGUGGGUCGACGAGGAUUUUAAGCUCACCGAAGAGCAGCUUCUCGAGCAAAUACCGCGCAUACUCGACGGAUUGGAAGAAAAAUGGAUGAAAAAUCCGAAGUAUUUCAAAAAGAAAGUCAAAUAAAUAUUUUCUAAACAGA